GCGCGCGCUCCCCCUUUGGCCCCCUACCCUGCAGCAAGGGUAGCGUGACGUAAUGCAACCUCAGCAUGUAGGAGCGUUAUAAAGGAGGACAAGGCGGCGCGCCUCCCAGACGCAGAGUAGCUUGUGAUUGGCUCGGGCUGCGGAACCUCGGAAACCCGAAUGUGAGGACCUUCCAGAUCCACAGCUGCCGCCCCCCGCAGCAAUUCCGAGCGCGGUCUUAGUCUGCCUGGCGGCGACCGUGAAAGAGGUGGUGGUGGCAAAGGCGGCAGCGGCGGCGGCGGUGACAGAUAUUUGUGAAUGAACUUUGCUAAGUAUGGAUUCAGGUGUUGGAAGUCUUGGAUUGCACACAUCAGACUCUAGAAUGGCCCAUACUAUGAUUAUGCAGGAUUUUGUGGCUGGAAUGGCUGGCACUGCACAUAUCGAUGGAGACCAUAUUGUUGUUUCAGUUCCUGAGGCUGUAUUAGUUUCUGAUGUUGUCACAGAUGAUGGGAUAACUCUUGAUCAUGGCCUUGCAGCUGAAGUUGUCCAUGGGCCUGAUAUCAUUACAGAGACUGAUGUAGUAACAGAAGGUGUGAUUGUUCCUGAAGCUGUACUUGAAGCUGAUGUUGCUAUUGAAGAAGAUUUAGAGGAAGAUGAUGAGGAUCACAUCUUGACUUCUGAACUAAUUACAGAAACUGUUAGGGUACCUGAGCAGGUUUUUGUGGCUGAUCUUGUGGCUGGUCCUGAUGGCCACUUGGGACAUGUGGUACAAGACUGCGUUUCAGGAGUUGACUCUCCCACAAUGGUAUCAGAGGAGGUGCUUGUAACUAAUUCAGACACAGAAACUGUGAUUCAAGCAGCUGGUGGUGUCCCUGGAUCUACAGUUACAAUAAAAACUGAAGAUGAUGAUGACGAUGACGACGAUGAUGAUGUCAAGAGCACUUCUGAAGACUACUUAAUGAUAUCUUUGGAUGAUGUGGGAGAAAAAUUAGAGCAUAUGGGGAGUACACCAUUAAAAAUCGGUAGUGAUGGUUCACAAGAAGAUGUUAAAGAAGAUGGAUUUGGUUCAGAAGUUAUAAAAGUUUAUAUAUUUAAAGCAGAGGCUGAAGAUGAUGUAGAAAUAGGUGGAACAGAAAUUGUCACAGAGAGUGAGUAUACGAGUGGACAUUCUGUAGCUGGAGUGCUUGACCAGAGCCGAAUGCAGCGAGAGAAGAUGGUUUACAUGGCAGUUAAAGAUUCUUCUCAAGAAGAGGAUGAUAUCAGUUGUGCUGAAAUAGCACAUGAUGAGUACAUGGAAGUCAUUGUAGGGGAAGAGGAAGGAACCUCUUUCCCUGAGAUUCAGCUUGAGGACUAUGAUGUUAAUAAAACAAUUGGCCCUGUUUUCUGUGCUGCAGCACAUGGAGAUGAAAGAAGAGUUUCCCGAAGGUAUGAAGACUGCCAAACAUCAGCAAAUACUUUGGAUUCUGCAUUAGAAAACAGAAGCAGCACUGCAGCACAGUAUCUUCAAAUUUGCGACAGCAUUAACACAAACAAAGUCCUCAAACAAAAAGUCAAGAAGAGGAGAAGGGGAGAAACAAGACAGUGGCAGACAGCUGUUAUAAUAGGUCCUGAUGGACAGCCACUGACUGUAUACCCCUGCCAUAUUUGCACAAAAAAGUUUAAAUCCAGGGGAUUCUUAAAAAGGCACAUGAAGAAUCAUCCUGAUCAUUUGAUGAGAAAAAAAUACCAGUGUACAGAUUGUGACUUUACAACUAACAAGAAAGUGAGUUUUCACAACCACCUAGAAAGCCAUAAGCUUAUAAACAAAGUUGACAAAACCCAUGAAUUUACAGAAUACACUCGACGAUACAGAGAGGCAAGUCCACUGAGUUCCAACAAACUAAUCUUAAGAGACAAGGAGCCGAAGAUGCACAAGUGCAAAUACUGUGACUAUGAAACUGCAGAGCAAGGCCUGCUGAACAGGCAUUUGUUGGCUGUUCACAGCAAGAAUUUUCCUCAUGUCUGUGUGGAAUGUGGAAAGGGUUUUCGACAUCCUUCCGAACUCAAGAAACAUAUGAGAACCCAUACUGGUGAGAAGCCAUAUCAGUGUCAGUAUUGUAUCUUCAGGUGUGCAGAUCAAUCAAAUCUGAAAACUCACAUUAAGUCUAAGCAUGGUAGCAAUUUGCCAUAUAAAUGUGAGCAUUGUCCUCAGGCGUUUGGUGACGAGAGAGAGCUGCAACGCCAUUUGGAUUUAUUUCAAGGACAUAAAACGCAUCAGUGUCCCCAUUGUGAUCAUAAGAGCACCAACUCAAGUGACCUUAAAAGGCACAUCAUAUCUGUCCAUACCAAGGAUUUUCCUCACAAAUGUGAAGUCUGUGAUAAAGGUUUCCAUCGUCCUUCCGAGCUCAAAAAACAUAGUGAUAUUCAUAAGGGUAGGAAGAUUCAUCAGUGUAGGCACUGUGACUUUAAAACAUCUGAUCCAUUCAUUCUUAGUGGCCAUAUUCUUUCAGUUCAUACUAAGGAUCAGUCUUUGAAAUGUAAAAGGUGCAAGAGAGGGUUCCGACAACAAAAUGAGCUAAAGAAGCAUAUGAAGACCCAUACUGGAAGGAAGAUUUACCAAUGUGAAUAUUGUGAAUACAGCACUACAGAUGCAUCUGGCUUUAAACGACAUGUGAUUUCAAUACACACGAAAGACUAUCCCCACAGGUGUGAAUUCUGCAAGAAGGGAUUCCGUAGGCCAUCAGAAAAAAAUCAGCAUAUUAUGAGGCACCACAAGGAGGCUCUUAUGUAGUAAGAUCAAUAUAAAAAAAGGGGUAUUUAGGAAAUAAGAUAUGCUCUUUGGAGGAAAAUCUGUUUUAUCUGGUUUCAGAACUUGAUAUUUAAACUUUACAUUCUUUGUAUUAAAGAUCUUAAAAUGUUUGAAUUGGCAGGGGAAUCACAUAGCCCUUUGAAAAUGAUGUAACAAAUUUAAUAAGCAACAUAAGAUGUUGCAGACAAACAUAAGUGUGUAUUCAACAGUAUUAUAUGCAUAACUACAGAAGGGAGAAAGACACCUUAUUUGAUUGGUUACACUACAGAUAAAUGUUUCUUAAAAGAGAAUACAUAACUAAGGACGUUAACAAUGCUUUACUGUAGCAAGCAAGCCUCAUUUUUAUGCAAUGUUAGAGAAGGGUGUGAAAAUAAAAUGCAGUCAUCCAUCAGUCACUUAUUCAUUGAGCCUUUUAUACUGUACCUGGACAUUGAAUUCCAGAAAUGACAAUUUUAUGUAUUCAUUAAAAGGAAUCUCACUAUAAAGUUACAUUAAUCAGUACUGAUAAAAACGAAUUUCAGAGCUGCUGAGAAUUUAUCACAGGGCAGGAUAUUUAAGUUAUAGCAUUCUGUGUGAUAUCUGAGGCAAAAUUUAAUAAAUAUUAGGUUCCCUUUUUGAUCAAGUAAACUCAUGAUGGCAUAUAUAACAGAAGUAUAUUUGAGUCAAAUGUGGCUUUCUACAAUGGAUGCAACUAUAGUGUUGCAAACAAAAUCAGCACUAUGUUUCUUAAUAAUCUCAAUGUUAAAUUGAGAAAACGGUUUUCUUAAAUAUUAUAAUGUUUAGGAUUUUUAGGACAGUCUUAGCAAGUAUGGCUGUUCUAGUCUUACUUGCCCUAAUGUUUAAAGGUGCAAUUUUAUGCCAUUAUUAAAAUUUUUGAUUUUUAAAAUCUAUAUAUCAUAUUCUUAACAUGACUUUUCAAUAUUAGGAAGUAUUUAUGCAGUAUUUAACAGAACAAUAUGCUGCCAAUAGAUUUUGGAGGUGGAUAUUCAGUUUACAGUGUAUAAAUUGAAAAUAUGCAUCCCUUUAACAACGCUUUGUGUUAGCAUGCUGCAAAUCAAAAUGGCGCUUAAUAUUAAAGCUGGUUUAGGAAAUUUUAAUAAAAAUCCUGUUCAUAAAUGUAAUGCAUAUGAUGUGUACUUUUAAGUUUUAGUUGGUUUUAGUUUACAUUCAGCUGUUCAACAUAAUUCAAAUGUAAUUUAACUUCAUGCUAUAUUGUGGCUUUGUGUUUAAAUAAUAUUCACUUUUCUGUUUUUGCACCAGAUAAGAAUCAGUUACUUGAAAAAAAUUUUUUAUCUUUCUUAACUUCAGAAUAUUAAAUUUGGGAAAUCUACUAAAAUUGUGCGUUAUGUGGAUGUAAAUGAUGUACACGCUGUAAAAUAAGAUUGUCAAUGUUAUGUGGAAUUAUUAUUUCUAAAUGUUAUUCAUUGAAAUGAGAAUACAAUAAAAAGCAUUUAUUGCA